AUGCCUGAACAGGCCCAACCAGCAGCCGCGGCCAAAUCCAAGCACAGCCAUGCUGCUUCACAGGCGCAGCCCGCUCCCCGCAAGGUCCGUUUCAACGUCGGAUCGCAAUACCAAGUGCUCGACGUCGUUGGCGAGGGUGCUUAUGGCAUUGUGUGCUCUGCGGUGCAUAGACCCAGCGGACGCAAAGUUGCCAUCAAGAAAAUCGCUCCUUUCGACCACUCUAUGUUCUGCUUGCGCACGCUGAGAGAGCUGAAACUGCUGAAGUUUUUGAGUGAGGCUGGUGUCAGCGAAAACAUCAUCUCGAUCCUGGAUAUAAUCAAACCACCAUCUAUAGAACAAUUCAAGGAAGUUUAUUUGAUCCAAGAACUCAUGGAAACCGAUAUGCACCGCGUCAUCCGAACGCAAGACCUCUCAGACGACCACGCUCAGUACUUCAUCUACCAAACAUUGCGUGCUCUCAAGGCGCUGCAUUCAGCUGAUGUCAUCCACCGUGAUCUCAAGCCAUCCAAUCUCCUACUCAACGCCAACUGCGAUCUUAAAGUGUGUGAUUUCGGUCUCGCGCGGUCUGUGAAGACCGCCGAACCAUCGGGCACGGAAACGGGCUUCAUGACGGAAUACGUAGCGACAAGAUGGUAUCGUGCGCCGGAGAUCAUGCUGACCUUCAAACAAUACACCAAGGCGAUUGAUGUUUGGUCUGUGGGCUGUAUCUUGGCAGAGAUGCUGUCCGGAAAGCCUCUUUUCCCCGGCCGGGAUUAUCACCACCAGCUGACGCUCAUUCUCGACGUCCUCGGCACGCCGACACUAGAUGAAUUCUACGCCAUCACGACACGGCGCUCGCGCGACUACAUCCGUGCACUGCCGUUCCGCAAGCGCAAGCCGUUUACCCAGCUCUUUCCCAAUGCGAGUGCUCUUGCCGUGGAUUUCCUGACGCGAAGUUUGACAUUCGACCCUAAGAAGCGCAUCACCGUGGAGGAGGCGCUCGCACAUCCCUAUCUCGAGGCAUACCACGACCCUGAAGAUGAGCCCGUUGCUCCUCCACUGGAUCCCGAGUUCUUUGAGUUUGAUCGUGAGUCUCGAACCUUGUGUGAUAUCCACACUAUGUAA